CUGUCCCGGACCGGCCGGGCCUGGCGGGUUUGGGGCCCGCACGGCCUCCCCGGCCCGGUGGGUGUGAGGAGGCCCCCUCCCGGGCUGUAAAGAGCUAUACCUUUGGGGGGCAAACCUGUCCAUAAGGGCCCAGGCUUUAGCUGCUGGGACUUGCUUAUGGGGCUCUGCCCGGCUAUACGUCCCCUGUUUUUAGGGGCCUCUCUUGGUCCCUAGGGGCCAGCCCGGAUCAGGCCAGCCCCAUUUCCCGGGUCUAUAGAGCGUACCCCUAGGCUUCUUAAAGAGGUUCUGUCAGAACCCCACAGAAGCCAACCCUUGUCCCGUGGACUGUCCCCCCUCCCUCCCCGUCCCUCCCCCAUCUACAAGGACGCGCACCCUCCCUCCAUAGAGGUCGCAUUUGCAGGGGCUCACCCCAGUUAGGAACCCCUCUCUGGGUUAUUAGGACCCAUCUUGACCCUCAAGGUUGGUGCAGAAGGCAGCCAUGGCCCUGGACCUAGCUCCGGCAGGGGUGUUGGCCCUAGUCCUGGCCAUUCUGGGGCCACCCUUUCCCGGGGCCAAGGCAGGGGACUGCAAAGGACAGCGGCAGGUGCUGCGGGAGGCGCCAGGCUUCGUGACGGAUGGCGCAGGCAACUACAGCGUCAAUGGCAACUGCGAGUGGCUCAUCGAGGCCCCGAGCCCCCGGCACCGGAUCCUGCUGGACUUCCUCUUCCUGGACACCGAGUGCACCUAUGACUACCUGUUCGUGUACGAUGGCGACUCGCCCCGCGGGCCCCUGCUUGCCAGUCUGAGUGGGAGCACACGGCCCCCGCCCAUCGAGGCCGCCUCAGGCAAGAUGCUGCUGCAUCUAUUCAGCGAUGCCAACUACAACCUGCUGGGCUUCAAUGCUUCCUUCCGCUUCUCGUUGUGCCUGGGGGGCUGCCAGGGCCACGGACAGUGCCAGCCGCCUGGGGUGUGCGUCUGCGAGCCGGGCUGGGGCGGCCCUGACUGCGGCCUGCAGGAGUGCCCAGCCUACUGUGGUGGCCACGGCUCCUGUGCUUCGCCCCUGGGACCGUGCCGCUGUGAACCUGGCUUCCUAGGGCACGCCUGUGACCUACACCUAUGGGAGAACCAGGGGGCUGGCUGGUGGCACAACGUGAGCGCUGGGGACCCUGCCUUCUCUGCCCGGAUUGGGGCGGCUGGCGCCUUCCUGUCCCCCCCGGGGCUGCUGGCUGUCUUUGGAGGCCAGGACCUCAACAACGCCCUGGGUGACCUUGUCCUCUACAACUUCUCUGCCAACACCUGGGAGCGCUGGGACGUCAGCCCUGCCCCGGCUGCUCGACAUUCCCACGUGGCGGUGGCCUGGGCUGGCUCCCUGGUGCUGAUGGGCGGUGAGCUGGCCGAUGGCUCGCUCACCAGCGACGUGUGGGCUUUUAACCCCCUGGGCGGGGGCCACUGGCAGCUCUUGGCUCCACCUGCCUCCAGCCCCCCGGGUCCCCCGGGCCUGGCUGGCCAUGCGGCUGCCCUGGUGGACAACACCUGGCUGUACGUGUCUGGUGGCCGCACCCAGCACGACCUCUUCUCCUCUGGCCUCUUCCGGUUCCGCCUUGACAGGGCCAGUGGGGGUCACUGGGAGCAGGUGAUCCUGAUGGGUGGCCGGCCCCCCGCCGCCACUGGCCACUCUAUGGUGUUCCAUGCCCCAUCCCGUGCCCUGCUCGUCCAUGGGGGACACCGGCCCUCCACUGCCCGGUUCUCCGUUCGGGUCAACUCCACUGAGCUCUUCCACGUGGACCGGCGUGUGUGGACCACCUUGAAGGGCCGGGACGGGCUGCAGGGGCCUCGGGAGCGAGCCUUCCACACGGCUAGCGUCUUGGGCAACUACAUGGUGGUCUACGGGGGCAACGUGCACACCCAUUACCAAGAGGAGAAGUGCUAUGAAGACGGCAUCUUCUUCUACCACCUCGGCUGCCAUCAGUGGGUGUCUGGGGCCGAGCUUGCCCCCCCAGGUACCCCCGAGGGCCGAGCAGCGCCUCCCAGUGGCCGCUACUCACAUGUGGCGGCCGUGCUCGGUGGCAGUGUCCUGUUGGUGGCUGGGGGCUACAGUGGCCGGCCCCGUGGGGACUUGAUGGCCUAUAAGGUGCCCCCCUUCGUGUUCCAGGCCCCCGCCCCGGAUUACCACCUGGACUACUGCUCCAUGUACACGGAGCGCAGCGUCUGCUCCCGCGACCCCGAGUGCAGCUGGUGUCAGGGGGCCUGCCAGGCUGCACCCCCACCAGGGACCCCCUCGGGGCCGUGUCCAGCCGCCAGCUGCCUGGGUCUGGGUCGUCUCCUGGGGGACUGCCAGGCCUGCCUGGCCUUCAGCAGCUCCACAGCCCCUCCCCGGGGCCCCGGCACCCUGGGGUGGUGCGUGCACAACGAGAGCUGCCUCCCACGGCCUGAGCAGGCCCGCUGCCGGGGGGAGCAGAUCUCAGGCACUGUGGGCUGGUGGGGGCCGGCGCCUGUCUUUGUUACGUCCCUGGAGGCCUGCGUCACCCAGAGCUUUCUGCCUGGCCUGCACCUGCUCACGUUCCAGCAGCCACCCAACGCCUCGCAGCCCGACAAGGUCUCCAUCGUCCGCAGCACGACCAUCACCUUGACACCCAGCCCAGAGACAGACGUGUCCCUGGUCUACCGUGGCUUCAUCCACCCACUGCUGCCAGGGGGGCCUGGCGGUGCCGGAGCUGAGGACGUGGCGGUGUGGGCUCGGGCCCAGCGCCUCCAUGUCCUGGCUCGGAUGGCCCGAGGCCCUGACACCGAGAACAUGGAAGAGGUGGGGCGCUGGGUGGCCCAGCAGGAGAAGGAGACCAGGCGUCUGCAGCGCCCAGGCUCAGCCCGCCUCUUCCCGCUGCCUGGGCGGGGCCACAAGUACGCAGUGGAGAUCCGGGGCCAGCUCAACGGCUCCGUGGGCCCCGGGCACAGUGAGCUCACCCUGCUCUGGGACCGGACUGGCGUGCCAGGCGGCAGCGAGAUCUCCUUCUUCUUCCUGGAGCCCUUCCGCUCAGCGGCCUGCGCCUCCUACUCCUCUUGCCUGGGCUGCUUGGCUGACCAGGGCUGUGGCUGGUGCCUGGCCAGUGCCACCUGCCACCUGCGUCAGGGUGGGGCCCACUGCGGCGGCAGCGAUGGGACUGGCGGCUCCCUGCUGGUGCUGGUGCCCACCCUCUGCCCACUCUGCGAGGAGCACCGCGACUGCCACGCCUGCACCCAGGACCCCUUCUGCGAGUGGCAUCAGAGCACUAACCGCAAAGGGGAUGCUGCGUGCAGCCGGCGGGGCCGGGGCCGGGUCGCCCUGAAGAGCCCGGAGGAGUGCCCCCCGCUCUGUAGCCAGCGCCUGACCUGUGAGGACUGCCUGGCCAACUCGAGCCAGUGCGCUUGGUGCCAGUCCACCCACACGUGCUUCCUAUUCGCCGCCUACCUGGCCCGCUACCCACACGGGGGCUGCCGCGGCUGGGACGACAGCGUACACUCGGAGCCGCGGUGCCGCAGCUGCGACCGCUUCCUGACCUGUCACGAGUGUCUGCAGAGCCACGAGUGCGGCUGGUGUGGCAACGAGGACAACCCCACGCUGGGCCGGUGCCUGCAGGGGGACUUCUCGGGGCCCUUGGGUGGGGGCAACUGCUCCCAGUGGGUCGGGGAGGGCCUGGGGCUGCCUGUGGCCCUCCCAGCCCGCUGGGCGUACGCCCGCUGCCCAGACGUGGACGAGUGUCGGCUGGGCCUGGCGCGGUGCCACCCGCGCGCGACCUGCCUGAACACGCCCCUCAGCUACGAGUGCCACUGCCAGCGAGGGUACGAGGGGGACGGCAGCACACACUGCAACCGCACGUGCCUGGAGGACUGUGGGCACGGGCUGUGUAGUGGGCCUCCGGACUUUACCUGUGUGUGUGACCUGGGCUGGACCUCUGACCUGCCGCCACCCACUCCUGCCCCAGGGCCCCCCACCCCCCGCUGUUCCCGGGACUGUGGCUGCAACUUCCACAGCCACUGCCGAAAGCGGGGGCCUGGCUUUUGUGAUGAGUGCCAGGACUGGACAUGGGGGGAGCACUGUGAGCGGUGCCGGCCCGGCAGCUUCGGCAACGCCACGGGCUCGGGGGGCUGCCGGCCCUGCCAAUGCAACGGGCACGGGGAUCCGCGCCGCGGCCACUGUGACAACCUCAGUGGGCUCUGCUUCUGCCAGGACCACACCGAGGGCACCCACUGCCAGCUCUGCUCCCCUGGCUACUAUGGGGACCCCCGAGCUGGUGGCUCCUGCUUCCGGGAGUGUGGGGGUCGCGCCCUCCUCACCAACGUCUCCUCCGUGGCACUGGGCUCACGCCGGGUCGGGGGGCCGCUGCCCCCAGUUGGUGGGGCGACAAGAGCAGGGCCGGGCCUGUCCUACUGCGUGUGGGUGGUAUCAGCCACUGAGGAGCUCCAGCCCUGCGCCCCUGGGACCCUCUGUCCACCACUCACCCUCACCUUCUCCCCUGACAGCAGCACUCCUUGCACGCUGAGCUACGUCCUAGCCUUUGAUGGAUUCCCUCGCUUCCUGGACACUGGUGUCGUCCAGUCAGACCGUAGCCUCAUUGCUGCCUUCUGUGGCCAGCGGCGGGACAGGCCCCUCACCGUGCAGGCCCUGUCUGGGCUGCUGGUGCUGCACUGGGAGGCCAACGGCUCGGCCUCCUGGGGCUUCAACGCCUCGGUGGGCUCUGCCCGUUGCGGCUCUGGGGGCCCCGGGAGCUGCCCCGUGCCCCAGGAGUGUGUGCCCCAGGACGGGGCUGCCGGUGCUGGUCUCUGCCGAUGCCCCCAGGGCUGGGCUGGCCCACACUGCCGCAUGCCUCUGUGUCCGGAGAACUGUAAUGCCCACAAUGGGGCAGGGACUUGCAACCAGAGCCUGGGUGUAUGCAUCUGUGCUGAGGGCUUUGGGGGCCCUGAAUGUGCCACGAAGCUGGAUGGUGGUCAGCUGGUCUGGGAGACCCUCAUGGACAGCCGCCUUUCAGCCGACACUGCCAGCCGCUUCCUUCACCGCUUGGGGCACACCAUGGUGGAAGGACCUGAUGCCACCCUGUGGAUGUUUGGGGGGCUGGGCCUGCCCCAGGGGCUGCUGGGAAACCUGUACAGGUACUCGGUCAGUGAGCGGCGGUGGACACAGAUGCUGGCGGGCGCUGAGGACGGCGGCCCAGGCCCCUCCCCACGCUCCUUCCACGCGGCUGCCUAUGUUCCUGCCAGCCGAGGUGCCAUGUACCUGCUGGGGGGCCUCACAGCUGGGGGGGUCACCCGUGACUUCUGGGUCCUCAACCUCACCACCCUGCAGUGGCGGCAAGAGAAGGCCCCCCAGACCAUGGAGCUGCCUGCAGUGGCUGGCCACACCCUCACUGCCCGCCGUGGUCUCUCUCUGCUCCUGGUGGGCGGUUACUCCCCUGAAAAUGGCUUCAACCAGCAGUUACUGGAGUACCAGCUGGCGACCGGCACUUGGGUGUCUGGAGCCCAGAGUGGGACACCCCCCACAGGUCUCUAUGGCCAUUCGGCCGUCUACCACGAGGCCACGGACUCCCUGUACGUGUUCGGAGGCUUCCGCUUCCACGUGGAGCUGGCCGCCCCGUCCCCAGAGCUGUACUCCCUGCACUGCCCGGACCGCACCUGGAGCCUGCUGGCCCCGUCUCAGGGGGCCAAGCCUCGCCCCCGGCUCUUCCACGCUGCAGCCCUCCUAGGGGACACCCUGGUGGUCCUGGGGGGGCGCUCGGACCCCGACGAGUUCAGCAGCGACAUUCUGCUCUACCAAGUCAACUGCAAUGCCUGGCUCCUGCCCCAGCUCACCCGCCCAGCCUCUGUGGGACCCCCGAUGGAGGAGUCUGUGGCCCAUGCCGUGGCGGCAGUGGGCAGCCGCCUUUAUAUCUCUGGGGGCUUUGGGGGCGUGGCCUUGGGCCGCCUGCUGGCCCUGACCCUGCCCCCCGACCCCUGCCGCCUGCUGCCCUCUCCUGAAGCUUGUAACCAGUCUGGGGCCUGCACCUGGUGCCACGGGGCCUGCUUGUCUGGGGACCAGGCCCACAGGUUGGGCUGUGGGGCCCCACCCUGCUCCCCAAUGCCUCGCUCCCCCGAGGAGUGCCGCCGACUGCGGACAUGCAGCGAGUGCCUGGCUCGACAUCCCCGGACGCUGCCACCUGGAGAAGGAGAGGCACCUGCGCCCCGCUGCAAGUGGUGUACCAACUGCCCCGAGGGCGCCUGCAUCGGGCGCAAUGGCUCGUGCACCUCAGAGAAUGACUGCCGCAUCAACCAGCGCGAGGUCUUCUGGGCAGGGAACUGCUCGGAGGCUGCGUGUGGGGCCGCCGACUGUGAACAGUGCACGCGGGAGGGCAAGUGCAUGUGGACGCGCCAGUUCAAGAGGACAGGGGAGACCCGCCGCAUCCUCUCAGUGCAGCCCACGUACGACUGGACAUGCUUCAGCCACUCCCUGCUGAACGUGUCCCCCAUGCCGGUGGAGUCCUCGCCCCCGCUGCCCUGCCCCACCCCUUGUCACCUCCUGCCCAACUGUACAUCCUGCCUGGACUCCAAAGGUGCGGACGGGGGCUGGCAGCACUGUGUGUGGAGCAGCAGCCUCCAGCAGUGUCUGAGCCCCUCCUACCUGCCCCUGCGAUGUAUGGCUGGAGGCUGCGGGCGGCUGCUGCGGGGCCCCGAGAGCUGCUCCCUAGGCUGUACCCAGGCCACGCAGUGUGCCCUGUGCCUGCGGCGCCCCCACUGCGGCUGGUGUGCCUGGGGCGGCCAGGAUGGUGGCGGCCGCUGCCUGGAGGGUGGGCUCAGCGGCCCCCGUGAAGGGCUGACGUGUGGGCGCUCGGGGGCGUCCUGGGCCUUCCUGUCGUGCCCUCCCGAGGACGAGUGUGCCAACGGGCACCAUGACUGCAACGAGACCCAGAACUGCCACGACCGGCCGCACGGCUACGAGUGCAGCUGCAAGACGGGCUACACCGUGGACAACGUGACGGGGCUCUGCCGCCCGGUGUGCGCCCAGGGCUGUGUGAACGGCUCCUGCGUGGAGCCCGACCACUGCCGCUGCCACUUCGGCUUCGUGGGCCGCAACUGCUCCACCGAGUGUCGCUGCAACCGGCACAGCGAGUGCGCCGGCGUGGGGGCGCGCGACCACUGCCUGCUCUGCCGCAACCACACCAAGGGCAGCCACUGUGAGCAGUGCCUCCCGCUGUUUGUGGGUUCAGCCUUGGGGGGCGGGACCUGCCGGCCCUGCCACGCCUUCUGCCGUGGCAAUAGCCACGUCUGCGUCUCCAGGAAGGAGCUGGAGAUGGCCAGGAGGGAGCCAGAGAAGUACUCACUGGGUCCAGAGGAGGUGGAAAACUGGGUGGCCGAGGGCCCCAGUGAGGAGGAGGCCGUGUGCGUGAACUGCCAGAAUAACAGCUAUGGCGACAAAUGCGAGAGCUGCCUCCACGGCUACUUCCUCCUGGACGGGAAGUGCACCAAGUGCCAGUGUAACGGCCACGCAGACACGUGCAAUGAACAGGAUGGGACAGGCUGCCCGUGUCAGAACAACACGGAGACGGGCACGUGCCAGGGCAGUUCCCCCAGCGACCGCCGGGACUGCUACAAGUACCAGUGCGCCAAGUGCCGCGAGUCCUUCCACGGGAGCCCCCUGGGCGGCCAGCAGUGCUACCGCCUCAUCUCUGUGGAGCAAGAGUGCUGCCUGGACCCCACGUCCCAGACCAACUGCUUCCACGAGCCCAAGCGCCGCGCCCUGGGGCCCGGCCGGACGGUCCUCUUCGGCGUGCAGCCCAAGUUCACCAACGUGGACAUCCGCCUGACGCUGGACGUGACCUUCGGGGCCGUGGACCUCUACGUCUCCACCUCCUACGACACCUUCGUGGUCCGCGUGGCCCCAGACACCGGCGUCCACUCCGUGCACAUCCAGCCGCCACCGCCUCCGCCGCCUCCACCGCCCCCUGCGGAUGGCGGACCCCGGGCGGCCGGGGACCCCGGGGGGCUGGGGGCUGGCGGUGGAUCAGGCACCCUGGCGGAGCCCCGGGUUCGGGAGGUGUGGCCUCGCGGCCUCAUCACCUACGUGACGGUGACGGAGCCCUCCGCGGUCCUGGUGGUUCGCAGCGUGCGGGACCGGCUGGUCAUCACCUACCCGCACGAGCACCACGCGCUCAAGUCGAGCCGCUUCUACCUGCUGCUGCUGGGCGUGGGCGACCCCAGCGGGCCCGGCGCCAACGGCUCGGCCGACUCGCAGGGCCUGCUCUUCUUCCGGCAGGACCAGGCCCACAUCGACCUGUUUGUCUUCUUCUCCGUCUUCUUCUCCUGCUUCUUCCUCUUCCUCUCGCUCUGCGUGCUGCUCUGGAAGGCUAAGCAGGCCCUGGACCAGCGGCAGGAGCAGCGCCGGCACCUGCAGGAGAUGACCAAGAUGGCCAGCCGCCCCUUCGCGAAGGUCACCGUCUGCUUCCCGCCGGACCCUGCCGCCUCGGCCCCUGUCUGGAAGCCAGUGGGACUGCCCCCGCCGGCCUUCCGCCGCUCCGAGCCCUUCCUGCCUCCGCUGCUGCUGACCGGGGCCAGCGGGCCCUGGGGACCCGUGGGAGGCGGCUGCUGCCCGCCGGGCCUGCCCACCACUCUGGCCGGCCUGCGGGCCGGUCCCAUUACCCUGGAGCCCACUGAAGAUGGCAUGGCGGGAGUGGCCACCCUGCUGCUCCAGUUGCCCGGUGGGCCCCACGCCCCCAAUGGCGCCUGCCUGGGCUCCGCCCUGGUCACCCUGCGGCACCGGCUGCAUGAGUACUGUGGGGGCGGCGGGGGAGCCGGGGGCAGCGGACACGGGGCUGGCGCUGGCCGGAAGGGACUGUUGAGCCAGGACAACCUCACCAGUAUGUCCCUCUGACCCACUGCGGGGUCUCCGCUACAGCAGCCCAGCCCCCAGAUGGGCUGCCCUAGACUUGGGGUCUUUCCAUCUGGGGACCCUGCACAGACAAUCCCCAGAGACUUCUGACCCCCCUCCCUCACCCUGGGGGAUCCCAGACAGGUCCUCUGGUCAUUCUGCAUUCAACAAUUAUUUAUUCCGCGGAAUUGAGUCUCGCUGAAGCUCUGGCUCUGCUGGAAGUGAGCUCAGGUUCUGGUGAAGGGAGGCCAUCGGCACCACAGUGCCGGGAGCAGCCACAGGACAUGGUGGUGAGGCCCAGGCUGAGGUGCACUGGGCAUUCAGAGAAGUUUGACCUACAUCUGAGAAGGAGCCAGGCUUGGGAAGCAGGCUGUAGACACCCGGCACAGCCAGGGCAAAGGCCCCGAGGUGGGAACCGGUUUGUUGUAUUGGAAGGACAAAAAAGUUGACCAGGGUGUGAGCCCACAGUGUGAGCAGGAGGCAAGGCUGGUCAAGGCGGGGGCUUCUCGGGGUCCCAGCACAGAUUGGGGGCAUUUUUCUCAGGGCGAUGGGAAGCCAUUGGACGGGAUUAUGAGUAGGAGUGACGGGAUCCGAUGUAUCUAUUUAGUGGGGGUGGGGGUGGAGACAAGACGAGGCAGCAGUGGGGACAAGUGAUGAUGGACCUGAUUAGGGGGUGGCCGGGAUGGAGGAGUUGGGAGUGGAGGCAGGGUGCACCUUGGUGCUACCACUGCAGUUCCUAAGGAUGGCAUCGAUGUUGGAAUGGGGGAGUGGCAAAUCCCAGAUAACCCCACUGUGUGGCCUGAAUGGUGGGAUUUAUUGAGAUGGGGAACACGGGGGCACUAGGGGAAGAUCCAGAGUCCAAUAUUUAGACAGGAGAUGUUCUGUAGACAGCUCCUCAGCCAGGUCCAACCGGGGGAAAAACCGCUUGCAGUAUUUAGACAGAAGGAACUGAAUGCAGACCAUUGGUAGCACAGAUGAGGGAGGCGUUGAGGAUAGGAGCAACAGAGAAGCUGCCCAGAGUGUGGUGGUGGCAGUGUUGCAGCCCAGGGGUCAGGGUCACCCAAGGAAACUGGCACCAGAGCAAGAAUUUUGACGGAGAGAAGAGGGCACUGAGGGAGAGGGCGCCCCAGGCCAUGGUAGGGAACAAGAAGAUUGGAGAUAGACACGCUGGCUUCAUCCACUUCUUAAACGCUGCUGCCUCAGAAACAUAUGGCCUCUUCCCAGGGGCUCCCCCCCCCAAGACUGAGCUCCCCCUCCCCUGAGGACACCCAGAACAAAACCAAAAACCUGGCCAUCUUCUUGAACUCCGACUCUUGUAAGACUCCCCUCCCCUGUAGCUGCUUUGGGGGAGCUGGGGUUAGCAUCUCCCCCUCAGCUGGGGCCCUCAGGCCCUGUCUGAGAGGUGCAUGCAGGGGGGCGGCUGGGUAACCCGAAGAGGAGGGACGUGUGGACCAGCAAAUAAAGUGUGAGGAAGA